UAUUCUAAUUCUGGUCAACCAAGGUCAACAACCCAAGAUCCAAGUCAUUGAACGUUCAAGCCAAUCCAUAUCACAGUUCCCAGAUGCAUCAAAUGCUAAAAUGAUUGAUCUUCCACAGGAGUUGCUAUCCAGUGCUCAGCUCACAUUAGGUCUCUUCGUCCUUGUCGAUUUCGCCGCGGAUGGAACCAUAAAUCUUGUAUUGCCAGCCUGUACCACUACCGACUGUAGAGGUGGAAGCUUCAUCUUCACGUAUAAUUUCCGAACGGAUGUGUGGUCUCCGCUUGAUGUGGAUUGGAAGCCUUUCGGACUUCCCUCUGAGGUAGCCUUCACUUGGUCACUCACAGUGACUCCCAAAUUGGACUCCGGUUUGGCUGUGAGCGCCCUUGUUGGUCCCACUGUUGGAGAUUUCGAUUUGGACGGCAAAACAGACAUUGGCGUCGCACUAACCUACUUUUUAGAGUCUGCCCCCUCGGAACCUGUUGGCUCACUCCCAGUGGUGCUCCUUAAUCAGGGCCGAGAUUCGGUCACCAGGCAUCAAAAGUUGUCAGCAUUUUUACUGCCAGGAUCUCAAUUGCCAGAGAAAACUACUAAAGUCCGUCAGAUUGCCUUUUUCGACUUGGGUGAACGGGGAUCUAUGGAUGUAUUUGUCGGAUCCAUCAACACUUUGAACAUUCCGGCUGUUCAACUGUUCCUUCAAGAAAUGGUUAACGAUUUCUAUUUUCUAAAGGUGACCAUCUUGAAUGGUCUGUGUUCGUCCGCUAUGGAUUGCGCAGAUAACCGGUUACCUUACGGACUCCCAGUUCCCGGUUUGAGCUCUGCUUACCGUACCGAGUCGGCAGACGGUCGGCGUGUGCGAUCUAGAGGAUUGCUUGGCGUACAAAGUUGUUGUGGUGCCUUACAGGUACCAUUCGCUGUGUAUGGUUUGGGCCCUUUUGCCAAUUACGUGGAACAGGUGGCGGUUGCCAUUCCUCCGAAUUCCACAGGCCUUCGAUCGUUGAGUAUACCUGCCGUGGUUCCAAACAGCGAGGUGUUCGUUAAUCCAUAUCCUCACGAUGAUCCGGCUCGGUAUGUGCUUCGCAUUUAUAUGAUUUCGAUUGGUCUUAGCUCAUUCGCUUGUUCAUUUCGAUAUAUGAAACUAGAACCAUUUCGAAAAAAGAAUACUUUUGGUUUUGCUAUUCAGGUAUCACUGAUCCAGAGUUUCAAGCAAUUACUGGCUCAUUAA